CAGCGUGAAAGUGGAGAAAAGUCCCAACCAUCCAUCUACACGUAGGAACCCGGGGCUCCUGGCUUUUUAUGAUGGUUAUGAUUAUUAUGUGUUAUUAUUAAUCCCUUUCGUGGACCGGCUGCACCCACAGAGGCGCUGAUGCUGCUCCAGGCCGAGAUGCUGCUCAAUUGAAAGGCACCGGGAAAGUCACCCCACCGGGAUAUCUUUGCUUGGCUUCCCCCCCCACUGAACCUGCUGGGAGAGGUGUGAGGGGCGUGGGGGAAGAGAGGCGUCUGCCUCAGUGGAGGGGGGCUGGAAAGUCCACGCGACACUUUUCGCCUGCCCUCAGGACGCCCAGGAGAAGAAGGCAAGAAGCUGCCCGGGUUGUUCUGCGUUUCCCCCCCUUUGCGAUCGCUUGCGGCGGCGGGGUGGGGGUUGCAUUCUGCUUUAGUGUGCUGGUCUCGCCUUCCUCUGCGGAGGUCAUGAUGGUGCAUUGUGCAGGCUGCGAGCGGCCCAUCUUGGACAGGUUUCUGCUGAACGUGUUGGACAGGGCAUGGCACAUUAAAUGUGUCCAGUGCUGCGAAUGCAAGUGCAACCUGACUGAGAAAUGCUUCUCCAGGGAAGGCAAGCUUUAUUGCAAAAAUGACUUUUUCAGGAGGUUCGGUACCAAAUGCGCAGGCUGCUCCCAAGGCAUCUCUCCAAGCGACCUCGUCAGGAAAGCCCGAAACAAAGUCUUUCACCUGAACUGUUUCACGUGCAUGGUUUGCAACAAACAGCUCUCCACGGGAGAGGAACUUUAUAUCAUAGACGAAAACAAAUUUGUUUGCAAAGAGGACUAUUUGAACUCGCCCAGCUUAAAGGAAGGGAGCCUCAACUCAGUGUCCUCCUGUACAGACAGAAGUUUGUCCCCGGACCUCCAGGACCCCAUGCAGGAUGAUACAAAGGAAACAGACAAUUCCACCUCCUCGGACAAAGAGACCACCAACAACGAGAACGAGGAGCAGAACUCGGGCACCAAGCGGAGGGGACCUCGGACUACAAUUAAAGCCAAGCAACUGGAGACUCUCAAGGCUGCCUUUGCUGCUACCCCCAAACCUACCAGGCACAUCCGGGAACAGCUGGCCCAGGAGACCGGGCUCAACAUGAGAGUGAUCCAGGUUUGGUUCCAGAAUCGAAGGUCCAAAGAGAGGAGAAUGAAACAGCUGAGCGCGCUGGGGGCCAGGAGGCAUGCCUUCUUCAGGAGUCCUCGGCGCAUGCGCCCUCUGGGAGGCAGGCUGGAUGAAUCUGAAAUGUUGGGUUCUACCCCUUACACUUAUUAUGGAG